AUGUUCAUUGUCUUUAGCCCUGAAGGCAUUUUUCCUUUCAUUGAUGUCAGUAAGUUUACCAUUGUCAGAUUCAAAUUACAACACUGUAAUUAUGUAUAAAGUUUUUUAUUUAUUUGAAAUUAGGUUUUAGAUAUACUUUUUUUAAAAAUUUAACAUCUGGCUGGACAGUGUUCCAUUAACGCAUUGAUUGUGUCUCCUUUGUCUUGUGUUAAUAAAUAAUGAUGCCUGACUUAUUUUAUUACAUUCUUACCAAUAUUUUAUCCUAGGCUUUCUUCAAGCUCAAGAGUGCUGUACAUUUUUGGUUACAUUCAACGUAGCACUAAGGAGAUCGUUCUAUCUGGAGCCAUUCCAUCUGCCCGAUGGAAUGAUCUUCCCUCUCCCUUCACUGCCAUAUUCUGGGGUUCUCCUGACCAGGGUAGAUUUGGGGAGGACACGGGUUAGGAUGUGCAGGAGGAAAAGAUGGGAGAAAGUCUCAUCCCACUAGUGGCAAUUGUUACACUGGCUUCUGCUAGUGCAAUAGUUUAGGUCAGUGGUUUUCAACCAGUGUGCCGUGGCACCCUGGGGUGCCUUGAAUGAUAGUCAGGGGUGCCGCGAGCCACAUUAGCCCCCAUCCUCUUUCCUUCCCUCCCUCCUCUGAUGCCCUCUCAUGUCUCUGCCUCCCAAAGGCUUGCACAGCUGUUUGUUGCAGCAGACCUGGCUACAAGCUCCCCAUGCGAAUGGUGCCUCUGGAGCUGGCCAGGGGGUGCUGGUUGCCAGAAGCUGGUGAGGGAGACCAGGCAAGCAGGUGCCGCGCUGGCCUUUCUUGUGCUUUCUGUGUGCAAUGCCUGCCUGGGAGCUGAGUGCCUGGUGCCAAAGGGGAGCCGCAGAAAGAAUGUAGUUGGUCAAGGCAGCCGUAGACUUACUUUUGCAACUUGCUUUUCAACAGAUCCUCCCCACUCCAAAUAGCAAAGUAACAACAAUAACCAUACAUCAACAUAGGAGCAGCUGCAGACAUUUUAAAAGCCAGAUAAUCACUCCAAACCCAUUCGGAUUACUCCAAAUACUGUCUAAAAAAUUAAUCUUCACUAGCCUUGGACAAAAUGAAAGAGAAGGGGUUAAAUGGCACUUUCAGAGGAGGGAGUGCCAGGCUCGGUACAAGAAGGGAAAAGCCCUGUCUUGUUUGCCACCAACUACUGUAUACUUCUUAUGCAGUUGGGAUAUGGCUUCCUUGCCAUAUCUCAGCAGGCGAGCAGUCCUUAAAAAUAUCCUGGGCCCAAACUGUUUGGGUCAAGGGGGCCCUCAAAAUGAAAAAAAAGGUUAGGAUUAUAGGGGUUUAAAGGUGGUAAUCCACAUUUUGAAAAGAAAACCAGGAGUCAAUGCAGAGGUAACAAUAGAGCCCAUGCUCUGGAAACAAAAGCCCCCAUCAACAGCAUUCUAUACUAGCAGUAUGUUCAGAAAUUUUCAAAGGUAGCUCCACUCAAAGCGCAAUGCAAUAAUCUUCAUGAUGUCUGAUCACCACCACUACCACCACCACCACCAGGAUUAUGAUGAUCGCAACAGUGGUCCAAGAUCAGGACAUUAAGCAGGUUUGUUUUUUCAGGCAUAACUUGAUUAUUCUGCUAGGAGUUCUGGUCUACUAACAAAAAGUGACUGGUCUAGAUUCCAUAUGACCUUUAGAAGCUCCUGAUUACUUUUCAGCUUGAGGAUGUUUAGGUACAAUCGUACCUUGGAAGUCGAACAGAAUCUGUUCCAGAAGUCCGUUCGACUUCCAAAGUACAGCUUCCAAUUGGCUGUAGGAUGCUUCUGCAGCCAAUUGGAAGCCACGGAAGCUCUGCCGGACGCUCGGCUUCCAAAAUAAUGUUAAAAAACGAACACUCACUUCCAGUUUUCAUUCUGGAGCCGGAACGUUCGACUCGCAAGACGUUUGGGACCCAAGGUAUGACUCUAUUGCUAUUGUUAUUAAAAAAAUUAGGGUGCACACACAUAGACACACAUUCCACAGAAAACUAAUCCACCUUUCAAAAUUGGGGAAAUACUCUGAGGAAAAAAUUCACUUUCAUUUUAGCACUCACAACAAUCCAAAAAAAGGUAUCUUGGCUCUCCUAGUGACUCUAAAUAUUUCCUCUGCAGAAGGAAAUACCUUCUGAGAAACCUUAAGACAAAUCCUUCAAAUCCUGUCUUAAGGACAUAUUUUGUGUAUGAAUAGGGUAGGCCCAUGACCUGGAUUCAGGAACUAAAUCGGGAUAUGUGGUGCUUGCUUCAAUGAAUCAAAAGCAAGCAGGCCUCAAGGCUAUACAAUUUCAUUUAACGUGAUUGACAGGUAUGCCCCUAUCGUCAGAUUUAAUACAGUAGCAAAUCAGUAGAUUUGGGUGGGACUAGUACUUUAUAAGCACACCAGAAAGCCUUGUGUCCACAGAAGUACUGCAGGCAAAUGUGCUAUUAAUAUUAUUAUUUUCUGGCAGGAGUAGGAGGCUGUCAAAUAUGUAGUCAAAAUAUGGUUUAUGUGUAGAAAAUAUUAACUUGAAAAUCAUCUUAUGAACUGAGAAAUAAUCCAAUUCAUUUGCAAAUACAUUUAGAUUAAAAAAAAGCUGAAUUCAAUAAACAUUUUUCUUAAUUGUUUAUAUGUUUAAGGAAGAAAUCAAGAUAAUAUUAAGCUAUACACAGAAGAAAGCCUCCCUUUGUAACAGCUUUUGGGUGAUUAUUUUGAGAAGUACUCGGUGCUGAAUUCACCUAUUGCAUUAAGGUCAAGAUGGAGCAACAUAAUUUGACGAGAUCUGAAUAAGAUAGCAGCAAAUACCUAAUGACAUCAACGUUUCCUUGUUUCUUACAUUCCCAGAUAGUUCUAGCUAGAAUUACAACAUACAAAAGUCAAGCCAAAGUGAAACACAUUCGCAGGUGACUUAUUGCCAGAUAAUGGCAGGCAACUAUGGGGGAGCAUACUAAGCCUUCUCUAGCACUGCUUACGGAGGAAAAACAAGAAGCCUACAGCUGAGGUAGUGUUUUUGUGUGCAGCCAUAUUCUGGGGAAGAAAAUGGGGCUUCGACAAUAUUUCAGUACAAAUAGAAUCUGUCUGUGCUCUCUUGCCAGAUCAGAUGCUCUUCUGAAGCAGAGAGAACAUGUGUGAAAAUCCCUUUCCUUUGUUGUAAACAAAAAUUGUCCUUUUCCCUUAUGGGGUAUCCAAGAGCCCAUAUAGAGUCCUUACAUUAGGUUCCCUAUUGGUAGGAGAAAAUAACAGAGGCCAACCAGAGAAUAUUGAGAAGCAAAGCAACUAGUAAGCCUGAUCUUUAUUGAUCUGUUGCAACAGGGUGCUCCCCUCACACACAGGAGAGGAGGAACCCAGAACAAUGGCGCGCAAGGCCUUAUAAAGACCUUUGAAAUUGCCACCCUGUAGAUCAAGACCACCCCCCAGAUACAUCAUACCUACAUCACAGAAAAGGCGGUCUAAAACAGAAAUUUGAAUGUUGUUUUUCUCCUGUUGUUGUUUAUCUCCUGUCUGGCAGGUUACUUGAUUGGAUUGCCAGGGAAGCCUGGCCAGUCUUUUGUAAUGAUAAAUACUUAGUUCCUGGGCCAGGUCACAGGCUGACACCCUAUUGUAUCUUAAAUCGGCCCGUAAGACAGGAUUUGUGAGGAAAGAGAAUGGGGAGGUUUCCCACUUUGACCUUUGCUCAGUUUAGGAAUCAAAAUGGUUCCAGGUUGGUCUUCCUGUGCUGAUCUAUGUACGUGCUUGGUUGGUACACUUAUGAAGAUUACCACAUAUCUAAGACUAUGGGACGCAGGUGGCGCUGUGGGUUAAACCACAGAGCCUAGGACUUGCUGAUCAGAAGGUUGGCGGUUCGAAUGCCCGCGACGGGGUGAGCUCCUGUUGCUCGGUCCCUGCUCCUGCCAACCUAGCAGUUCGAAAGCACGUCAAAGUGCAAGUAGAUAAAUAGGUACCGCUCCUGCGGGAAGGUAAACGGUGUUUCCGUGCGCUGCUCUGGUUCGCCAGAAGCGGCUUAGUCAUGCUGGCUGCAUGACCUGGAAGCUGUACACCGGCUCCCUCGGCCAAUAAAGCAAGAUGAGCACCGCAACCCGAGAGUCAUGACUGGACCUAAUGGUCAGAAGUCCCUUUACCUUUAAGACCUCAAAAUUCCUAUCACACCUUCCAUGUUAAGGAAAUAAUGCCCGAUUAACCCCAUGCUUUCUCUUGGCUCAAAUAAAGUAUACACGGAUAGGAUCACGCUGCAACCCUGUGCUCUUAUUUAUUCGCUGGAAUCUGGCUUUCCUUAAGAGAUCCCAGGGCAGUUCAAAGAAUAAAAGUCAGCAUAUAAAUGUAAUAAAAAUUCUGUGAACCGCCCUGGGAUCUCUUGAGGAAAGGCAGCAUAUAAAUUCAAUAAAAAUUCUAUGAACCGCCCUGGGUCCUCUUAAGGAAAAAGGCGGUAUAUAAAUUCAAUAAAAAAAUAAAUUUAAUUAAAAUACAUUUGUUCCUAGGCGCGCGAUAACUGGCGGGGCUGCGCACCUUCACGACCGCCAAGAUAUCAGCGGCGCCCUGAAAACUCUACCGCACGCGCAGCCCCGCCGCUCUAUACUCCGAACGCCCGCGCCUCGGUGGUGCCCCGAGCGCUCGCGCAGCGGCUGCUCUAGGCUUCAUGGAAGGCGGCGGCUCUAUCGUCAAAGGCGGCAGCCCUCUCUAGCUCUGGCCUCCAGCGCACUCUAUCGUCGCAACCCGCCCACCCCGAGCUCCAGAGCGAGAGGGUGCGUGUCUGAGGGAGUGCGUGCUCUCUUCUGCCUGGCGGGGCCUACUCCCGACAAUGCUGGCGGCGGCUCUGGCUUCCCUGAGGCGUUAGGGCGGCGGCGGCGCCUCCGCCGCCUUCCGUCUCCUCUCCCCUCACGGGCGCCGCGUGAGGCCGAGGCGAAGCCGGCGGCGGUGUCGUCUCUCUGAGGUAAAAGCGGGCGCGACCGGCGGCGACUCAAUCAGGGCGCGAGGCGAGGCGGACGCGGCCGAAUCAACGAGCGCGAGGGAAGGGAAGGAGGGCGGGCGAGAGAGCGAGCGGGUCGGGGAAACGCCUCGGGAGGAGGGAGAGGCGGCUCGCGGAAGCCGGGCGCUCGCGAGCGGUUCCCGUUCGAAAAGGCGCGAGCGAGGCGGUUGGGAUUUGGCGGGAGGGAGGGCGAAGCGCCCUCGCCCGUCUCCUGACGCCCCGGCGGGAGGCAGACCUUCGCCCGCCACAGCUGUUGCACAAGCGCCGGGUCUCACCCGCGGACGCCUCGCUCGCUAUGGGCGAGGGCUCGGCUUCCCCUCAGGCUCGCCCGCCCGCCUGCCGGCUGCUGCUGCUGCUGCCGCCUCCUCCUCUGGCCUCCCUCUCCUGACAGUUGGCGAGAGGGGGCUUCGAAAGCAAAGAUAUUAUUAUUGUUAUUAGGCGAGGGGGGCUUCGAAAGCAAAGAUAUUAUUAUUAUUAUUAGGCGAGGGGGGCUUCGAAAGCAAAGAUAUUAUUAUUGUUAUUAGGCGAGGGGGGCUUCGAAAGCAAAGAUAUUAUUAUUAUUAUUAUUGGGCGAGGAGGGCUUCGAAAGCAAAGAUAUUAUUAUUAUUAUUAUUAUCAGGCGAGGGGGGGCUUCGAAAGCAAAGAUAUUAAUAAUAAUAAUAAUAGUCGGAAGUUGGGAAGCAACUAAAACCUUCGCACACGUCUCAAGCAAGCUUACGACUUGCAGGCGUUUGGAUUGCACUUUGAUAAAAGAUGCGUUUGCCGCCGUAUUUCCAGCCAGGUUUGCCCACUUGAAUAAAAUAUUUGGGGAGGGUGCGCGCUUGUGUUUGUGCAUGACCGAUCGCAAGAUUGUGGCACACGCACAUAACCGAUGUGGCACGCGCACCACCAUUUGAGUGACAACGCCCAUCAACUUUGAGGGGAGUUCGGCUCCCUCCGAUGUUUUAUUGGUGCGGGGAGCAGGGCAAAGAAACCUCGGCCCCUUGGAGUUGGCUGCAGUGAACGUCUGUAUACAGUUUUUAAGUACCUAAAGCGAGUCACGUGAUGGUUUUAAUCUUAAACGGAAGGUCGGCUUCCUUUGUGCUCAGGUGCAACUUCCGCAGUGCUGUGUGUCGUUUGUGUGUAUUUAGGUGUAUCCUUAAGAUCUGCUUUCCAAAGGAAGGCUCGCCUGGCAUCAACUCCGAUUGUCUUUUUUUAUUUCCCCUAGGCUUUAAAAUUCUAUCUGUAAAGCUGUGCUGGGGAUAUAUUGUUAAAAUAUUUAUAUCCUGCCUUUUGAACAGAAUGUUUAGGGUAGUUCACAGACGUCAAAUUACAAUUACAGCUGCAUUUAUUCUGCUGUUCGUUUUAGGUGUGCUUGAAUCUGCUGAUUUUACUGGUCUAGUGGGUUUUGGGAAGGUGUACAGCAUGCUGUCCGGCUCCCUUACGUGCAAGUAGAUAAAUAGGUACCGCUUUCUAGCGGGAAGGUAAACAGCGUUUCCGUGUGCUGCACUGGUACUGGCUUGCCAGAGCAGCUUCGUCACGCUGGCAACGUGACCCGGAAGUGUCUCCGGACAGCGCUGGCCCCCGGCCUCUUAAGUGAGAUGGGCGCACAACCCUAGAGUCGGACACGACUGGCCUGUACGGGCAGGGAUACCUUUACAGCAUGCUGUAAUGGUAUAUUGAAAGGGAGUGUAUGAAGUUGUAAUGUGAAAACAGCGUCAGACAGGUGUAUGAAAAUGAAUCUCAUACAGUGGUGCCUCGCAAGACGAAAUUAAUCCAUUCCGCAAGUCUCUUCGUCUUGCGGUUUUUUCGUCUUGCGAAGCACGGCUCUUAGCGGCUGUUAACGGCUUAGCGGCUUUAAGAAAAAGGAAACAAACUCGCAAGAACUCGCAAGACGUUUCGUCUUGCGAAGCAAGCCCAUAGGGAAAUUCGUCUUGCGGAACAACUCUAAAAACGGAAAACUUUCCUCUAGCGAGUUUUUCGUCUUGCGAGGCAUUCGUCUUGCGGGGCACCACUGUACAUGUAUUCUAGAUAGAUAGGCAGAAUUGGCUGCAGUUUCUAGCUUACCAUAUACUCUGUGCCAAACCAAGGCUUGUGAAAUGGCUCUGAGCUUGUUGAAGAUAAUCAAAAGAGAACCUUUAAAUAAUCUACUCUAGUUCGCCCAACUUUGGGGGGCUGCUUCUAAUAUGUCUUUCAAGGGUAAUUCUUGUUCAUAAUUGUUUUAAAGAGACAAUGUAGAGCUGUAGUUAUCUAAAAUGUUGUGAUCCAAAUAAGUAAUCUAAAAUGCAUUGCAGGGGGUUGGACUAGAUGAUCCUUAGGGCCCUUCCAACUCUACAAUUCUAUUUUACAUCACUCAUGAAAUAAUUGUACCUUCUUUGACUGAGUUAAUUGCAUGUUCAUUUUCUUUUAAUACAGGCCACCUUGGAGGCCUGUUACCAAAGUGGAAAAGUAAGAAGUGGUUUUUAAAAUAAAUAACCUUUGGAAGCAAAAAAAACACCACCCACUGAUGCUGUAUUAUCAAUCAAUCAAUCAAUCAAUCACAUUUCUAGGUCACCCAUCACUUGAGGAUCACUGGGUGGUUUACAAUAUAAAAGCACAAAAAAUACAUACCAUAGUAACAAACAGUAAUAACCCUCCACAUUUUAAAAGGCCAUAGAUUGUUUAGUUAGCCAAAGGCCUGGGAGAAGAGGAAUAUUUUUGCCAGGUUGCCUAAAGAUAUGUAACUAAGGCGCCAGGCAAGCCUACCAGUGGACAGCAUCCCACAAACAGAGCCACCUCAGAAAAGGUUUGUUUUGUAUAAUUGGUUGUUUUGUAUAAUUUGAUUGAAAAUCAAUAAAAAAUAAUUGCCAAAAGGAAAAGGCCUGUUUUGUGUUGCUGCUCUCUGGACAUCUUGCAGAGGGGACACACAAAGAAGGGCAUGAAAUCAUUAUUGGAGGGUCCAAAUUGAUUCAAAUGGGGAGAGGCAGUCCUUGAGAUCCAUUCUGAACACGGUAGGUAUUUUAAAUAUAUCACUCUAGGCAUCAUUUUAGCAGAAUCAUGACACCUCUCUCUUCCUUUAAAUACUUCAACAAAACCCACAUUUUGGUAUUUAGGGCUUUGACAACCAUCUCUUGCUAUUCUUGCCUUCAUCCAAGGAUAGGGAACCAGUAGCCUUCCAGAUGUUGAGCUGUAGCUCCCAUCAUGCCUGACCAUUGGCAAUGCCCUAUAGGGCUGAUGGGAGUCCGAAGUCCACCAGCAUCUGGUCACAAGUUUCCCACUCCGGCUCUUCAUCUUAUCUUGCCUUCCUCACUAUUGAAAUGUUAGUUAUAAAUUUAUUGGAGCAUGGAUUAUUUCUUUGGAUUAUGUUCUGUAAAGUGUGUACAUUGGUGAUGCACUAUAAAUAAACAAUAAUUUUACUACUACACCCGAGUGCUUACUAGAUACUUUUACAAACAAGGAAAUAGAUAGAUUCCUCCCCAAGGUGGUUUAAAAUUUACAAAAUGAAAAGGGAGGGAAUGUGUAAGCAAUAGUAAGCCCAAAUCUAAAGUGGUAAUUGAAAUGAGUUUUAAGUUGUAGAAGCUGUUUUAAAAUGAAUGAUAAGAAAUUAAUGAAGAGUAAAAUAAGAGAACAAUGGUAUGUUUUGAGCAUUUCUUAAAAGAGCAGAAUAGGCUUUUCAUAAAUUAUUAUUCUAAUAAUUUAUAUCACACUUUUUCCACAAAGGUUUUGCUUAAGGCAAAUAAAACAGAAAUUCACAUAAGAAAGCACAGUAAUCAAACUAUUAAAGUCAGAUUAUCAAAUUAUUUUAUAAACAGUGGCAAAAAAGAGGACAGCCUCGAUCAGUACAUUAAAUAGGAACAGAAUCAAAAGCUGGUUUUACUAAGUUCAGUUGCCAGUGGAGCACAAAUAAGAAGAAUAUGAUGUAAUCUUUCAGUGCAGGGAAUCUACAUACAAGGCGCCACGAUAGAAAAAGCUCGCUGCUAACCUUGCUUCAGAAGACAUUGGAACACAUAAGAGGAGUGCAAGAGGUUUAUGAAGAGAAUGACUUACAUAGAAGCAAGAGCGAAAAAGAUCAAGAUGUUUUAACUGAAAUAAGAGGUCUUGGGUUGCCCAAGGAGUUUUUGAAGAACCAUGAGUUUAGACUGGAACAUUAGUGUUAGUUUACUGUGGUGUACAUGUAACCAGAUGGUAAGCUGGUUAUCUAUAGUGUGCUCCUGAAGCUGCAGAAUUGUAAAAUUCUCAUUGUAUAUUUGCAGCCAGCCAGUUUACCAAGUGGCUGCAUGGAUACUAUGCAUUGCUAACUCUUUGUGGCUUGGUAAAGAUGGGACAAUAUAAGCUGUGCGUUCAACUAGACUUAGCUGAGUAUAUGUGUGACACAGCUUUAGAAGGGGGCAUAGUGUGGGACAGGUACAGUUUGCUGCUUGGCUGCUCUUUAGGUGCAAUUACUUCCUGUUGCACAUAGUGGCAAAUUACAAGCUUGAUCAGAGCUUAAGGUGGUAUAGAGAAAGAUCAGAAAGUAAAACAUUACAUCAUCAAGACGAUCAAACAUUUUGUGUGGGAGAAACAAAAGGAAACUUUUAGCAAUAUUAAACACAACAGAGGAAGAAAGAAAAGUAGUAAGACCUCGCAACCCAAGUACAAAGGGGCAAUACCUUUAGCUCCACUCCCCAUCUUUGUAUGGAGUGUGCCAGCUUCCCACUUGUUCAGCUGCAACUUAUGCCAUGGAAAACCUUUCCUCGUUGUGUAGGCUCCCCACAUGAUUUAGAAACUUACACAAGGAAAAAAGGCUCUCCACAGCAGAAGUUACCCCUGAGCACUUGGGAGUCUGGCACAAGCUGUAUGAUGACUGGGUUAGGGUUAAAAGUGAGUCCCUGCAGCCCCUUUGUUGCUCCUUCACAUGAGUAGUGCCUGAUCAGUGCUACAGUUAGUUGUUAACAUUGCCUGUUAGCCUUAAAGGUAAAGGGACCCCUGAGCAUUAGGUCCAGUCGUGGCCGACUCUGGGGUUGCGGCGCUCAUCUCGCUUUAUUGGCCGAGGGAGCCGGUGUACAGCUUCCGGGUCAUGUGGCCAGCAUGACUAAGCCGCUUCUGGCGAACCAGAGCAGCGCACGGAAACGCUGUUUACCUUCCCGCCGGAGCGGUACCUAUUUAUCUACUUGUACUUUGACGUGCUUUCGAACUGCUAGGCUGGCAGGAGCAGGGACCGAGCAACGGGAGCUCACCCCAUCACGGGGAUUCAAACCGCCAACCUUCUGAUCGGAAAGUCCUAGGCUCUGUGGUUUAACCCACAGCGCCACCCUCGUCCCCCCGUUAGCCUUACAUUUGGACAAAGGUUGUAAAAAUAUUUCGGAUACCCAUGCACCAGCAGGCACUUGAGAUGUUUACAUCCCUGAUAUAGACUGGACAGUUUGUACAGGUUUCAUGAUUCUCCAAAAGUGCUAUAGAAACAGAAAGCUACAUUUCUUCGUCUAGUGAGAGCUAUGAAACUCUUCUGGAUGAUUAUCUGUUUCCAGUUUUGUCUGUGUUCUGAAAAUUUUGGCUUGAGCUAAAUAUUUUACAGUUGCCAAAAGCUGGGGUGUACGUAUGUUUUUCCAGUUGGCUACAGAAUUCUCUCAGCAUCUAAAGUGGUUAACUGGAAUAGUUUCUUUUCUCCUGAAGUAUAGUUCUUCCAAAAUACCAAAGAAUUGGGAACUCUAUAGUAAGUUAAUAGAAAUCCUUGCCACAUAUAUAAUAAUGACAAGAAAAGCCUACGUUUAUUAAACUCUUUAAGAAGAAGAAUUCAAAGAUUGUUCUUUCUCACUUUGUUAGGUUAGUGAAGGCCACAAGUCAAAUCCCUCCUUUGGCAUGAACUCACUUCAUGGCUUUAUUUAAGCCACUCUCUUACACUGUUGCCCCCCACCCUCAUCCGUGUGACGGCCUACCUUGUAAGGUUGGGGUAAGGUUACAACAAUGUAAUGCAUGUGAAGCAUUUUGAACACUCAAAAUUGCAGUAGGCAUACUAAGAAUUAAUAGGGUUAAAUUAGAGCAGAAGAGGUGAUUCAGAAGUGCUGCAAGAUGGUACGUAGGAAACCACCACAUUGGGAAGGGUGAAUUCACUGCUCUGAAAAACUAAUAUUUUGGAAGAUGCUCUUGAAACAGUAUUUAAAAUAACAACUAUAAGGCUGCAUGAAGAGAUUAUGGUGCUUCUGUUGCAUCAAGUGACUUAAUUUAGAAGAGUCAGUUAUGUCAACUAAUAUCAGUAAUUCACUAUUCAUUGUUUAGUUAAAUUUUGUUUAGCAAAUAAUAAUAGAAUAUUUAACUUGCAGAUAGAUCAAGCCAAUAUAUAUUGACUUCUUUUCAUCUUAAUUAAAAGAAGACUAUUAAGCACUACAUUUCAUUUGUUCAUGUAGGAAAGAAUUGAUUGUGAUUAGAUAAAACAGGCUCCAUAUUAGAGAUGAAUGUCUUGUUUUGCAUUGUUCAACUCGGUAGCAGUGAUGGUGGUUUUCUAGAAAAUUUUCAAUCAGAGCAUUUUUUUUGUAACAUCCCAUUGCCCAAAUCAAUUGAGAUUUGAUUUAGUAUGUUUGUUUUACUGAUGUUUAAGAAACAUCAGUAAAGUGCUAUUUUUGUACACAGUACACAUGUCUGAAAAGCUUUUCAAGUAGUUGUUGAGGUGGGGGAGGAAAAGAUGCCCCUUUGCUGCCUCAGAUCCCAAGCUGGUAUAUUGAAGAGGCCUGAAUUGAUCCCAUUGCCAUCAUGUGACAGCAGCAUGGCCAGCUCUGUCCUUUCCCAUGUUGUAGCUGACCACCACUGGCAGUAGCUUCUACCCAUCUGCCACUUGGGCAGGCACAUUGAGCUGCCCCUUGCUGGUGGCACUGGCCCAUCAACUGGAAAGACUGGGCAAAGAGGCACAUCCAAGAGCUAUAUAGCUGCCUGGAGGAUGUUGGCAUGGCACCCCACCUGCCACUCUUGUUCCUAUGCUAAACCAAGCUUAAUGCAAGAACAGUUAAGAUAAUAAGGUUUUGUUGCUUUUGUAAAAUCUAGCAUAAGAACAGUAUAUGAAAGGGACUUUCCUUUGCUUUUUACCAAUUAAGUAAUAAACUUGCUUCUUGUGUAAUUACAUUAUGUCGCUCCAAUUAAAAAAUGCAAGGGUCCAUAUAAAUGAAAAUAAUGAAUUAGGCAAAUAUCUUGAGAACUGCAAUUCUUGUUUAUUUUUUGUCUAGGUCAAGAGUUGAAUGUGUGAAAUAGACAUUUUAAGACACUUGCUAUUGUUUUUUGUUUUUCUUUCCUUUUCUCUGAUCACCUUUUAAUGUUUUCAUUUAUUUUAGAAAUUGUCUAUGAGGCAGAACCCAGUAUGAUUAUGUUUUGCCUGGUUUUUUUCUUGAAUUGUGAGCACCCACAAAAGUGUGAAAGUAGUAUACAGUGGUACCUCAGGUUACAUACUCUUCAGGUUACAUACGCUUCAGGUCACAGACUCUGCUAACGCAGAAAUAGUGCUUCAGGUUAAGAACGUUGCUUCAGGAUGAGAACAGAAAUCGUGCUCCGGUGGUGCAGCAGCAGCAGGAGGCCCCAUUAGCUAAAGUGGUGCUUCAGGUUAAGAAUGGACCUCUGGAACGAAUUAAGUACUUAACCCGAGGUACCACUGUAUUGACUCAGCCUGUUCUGACUCAGUUUCUGCCUUUGUUUUAAUUAUAACUAGGAAGGGACACCCCUGCUCACUUCACUUGGCAACCUCCCUAACUCCAACCCCAAAGCACUUCUCCCGCAAAGCCCCUCCACUUCCCAUUACUGUACUCCUUGCCAAAGUUCCGUCCCCUUACUCCUUGCUACCUCUGCAGCUUGCUCACACCAUUGUGCCACCACUCUUACUCAGUGCACCUUGCCUGCUCCACCCCCAUAUGUGCCACCCCCUCAUUAGACUUGCCCCACCACCACAAGCCCAGUUUGCCUUCUCUGCUUUGCUGACUCUUCUGCGCUGUCAGCCAUCUCACUCAACCCACAAACCACUGGAAGCCCGACUUGUUCAUCCAUUGCCCCUCAUGCUUGCCUGCUCUGCCCAUUUAGCUGUGCAUUCUGGGAGACCAGCAGGGCAAGUAGCUGGUCACAGCAUUAGGGGAAGACUCCCUGUCUUCUUCCACAGCCUGCCUGCACUAAGCCUCUGUGAGUCUGCACUGCUGUCUGCCACAGCGCAUCUUCCUGUUUACUCAACCCUGUUGCACCUGCAGCUUCUGACACCUCCUUUCCCCAAUCUUCUCACUCUUCUCCCUUUGACCACUCAUCAUCAUCCCACCAUCAGUCCCCUGGCUCUGAGCCUUCUUCCUCUGGGGGUUCCCCAACUGGUGCUUCCCACCAUUCCUCUGCAUCCAGCCAGCCCAUGACAGGGAGGUAUGGUGUAGGAGGUGCGACAGGUUGCGUGAGCAGCACACAGCACAGGCAGUUAGUGACUUCUACAAGUGGUUUCAGUCCUACUUCCUUGGUCAUUUCCAGAGGGUGAUAUUUGGAGAGUGCUUUUUCGUCUUGUGGAGCCUUCAUUUUGGGGUUCCUCAGGGUUCAGUUUUAUCCCACAUGCUGUUUAAAAUCUAUCUACAUGAUACUGCUGAGGGGGGUUAUCCGGAGUUUUGGAGUACAUUGUCAGCAAUGUACUGAUGACACACAGCUCUGCUUCUCCUUUACAUCUGCAAGUGAGGCAGUGGGUGUGCUGGACCGAUGUCUUGCCUCAAUAAUGGAUUGGAUGACAGCCAACAAACUGAAGCUUAAUCCAGAUAAGACAGAGGCUGUUAGUGGGUGGAUCCCUAGACACAAUGGAUGGGAGGUUGCCUGCUCCUGAUGGGGUUAAACUUCAUCUGAAGGAGCAGAUAUGCAUCUUGGGGCUCCUUCCAGUUCCAUUGCUGUCAUUUGAGUCUCAAGUGGCCUCAACGGUACGGAGUGUCUUCCCUCAACUUCAGCUGCGCUCCUAUCUGGACAGGGAUAGCCUAACUGCUGUUGUCUAUGCUCCGGUAACCUCUAGGUUAGGUUACUGCAAUACAUUAUAUGUGGGGCUGCCUCUGAAAAUGAUUCAGAAACUUCAGCUGGUGCAGAAUUCAGUGGCUAGGUUGCUCACUGGGGCAAAACGGUUUGAGCAUAUAAUGCCAAUCCUGGCCCGACUGCACUGGCUGCCAGUUAGUUCUGAGCACAAUUCAAAGGGCUGGUUUUGAUCUAUAUAGCUUUACGUGGCUCAGGACCACAAGACCUCAAGGACCACCUCUCCCAAUGUGAAUUGAUCUGGACCCUUCUUUGUGUGCCUCCUUUGCAAGAGGUCCAGAGGGCAGCAACAUGAGAACAAGGCUUUUCUGUGGUGGCUCCCUGCUUGUGGAAUGCUCUUCCCCAGGGAGGCUCACCUGGCACCUUUGUUACAUAUCUUUAGGCAUCAGGCAAGAAUAUUCUUCUUCUCCCAGGCCUUUGACUAAUUAAACACUCUAUGGCCUUCUAAACUGAAUGGGAGGGUAUUGUUUUCGUUUGUUACUAUGAGAUGUAUUUUGUGUUUCUAUAUUGUAAUCUGCUAUGCAAUCCUUGGAUAAAGGGCGCUACAGAAAUAAUAAUAAUAGUAAUAGUAAUAAUAAUAAUAAUAAUAAUAAUAAUAGGUAAUAUAGUCGUCACAAUCUUAGCCUGCAAAAUACAAACACUGUGUUUUUGUAGUUGGAUGGCGUUAUUUUGUGACACCUUUAUGUCUCGUUUUGUGUGGAAGGUUAUAAUAGAGAUUCCCUGAGAUGGAAGAGAUAUUUCCAGACCAUGUUCCUUACAAGCUUUUAAAAGCUUUGUUCUUUCAAUUUGUAAACAAUAAUACUUAAUUAGCCGCCCCCCUCCUUUGUAAUUAGAAAAAGUACAUAGUUUUCAAACUCUUUAAGGAACUCCUGUAUUGACUUUUUGGCUGAUUAAGUCCUUCUCAUUGCAGAAGACUGUGGGGCAUGUUCCAGGAUGCACAGUUCUUGCAGAGCACUGACCAGGCCUAUUGUGCCUCAUUGUUUUUCUUUGUGAACAGAGAGGGCACUUUAUAGAACACUCACAAAACUCCUGGGCAGCUGCACAUUGCACAUAUCAGUAAUGAUGGGCUAGCUCCCUUUUAGGGAAGUUUUCCCACUUUUACUGAUCUCCUUAUUGAGAAACACCAGAGUUCUUUGGAGGAUAGUUUGAAAACCAUAGCAGUAGAAUAGUACAAGUGGAGCUGCAACUGAAUGUUGCAGUUUGGAAUGUUCUUGUUCAGUGUUCCAGCCAGCCAGCCGUUGCUGGCUCUAUUUCUCUAUUACCACCAGCAUGUCCCUCACUUCAAAAAACCACUGAGCAUUUUAUGGUCACUGAGCAUGGUCUGAUAUGAUUGGGCUGUGGGGGUAGGGGGUUGUCUUCUUAUAUUCCCCUCCAAAAUAUUUUCUCUGGUUCUGCAAAUCUUGGCAUCCCACUGAGCUGCUGAUACCUCCCUCAUUGCUUAGUAGCUUGGUUUUCUCUUUGUAGCUAUUAUAACUCAGCAUCUGAGUUCACUUGUAGAAUCUGUGUGUGUGUGUGUGUGUGUGAGAGAGAGAGAGAGAGAGAGAGAGUAGUAUAUGCUAAGUUGUCAUUGUGUUCAUGAGAGGUGUCUGCUGUUUGAUAGCACGAUUCAUCUGAUUAAGAAUGGAAAGGCUGAAGUGAAGCUCUUGAGACUUUUUCAUUAUGGUGACUUGCAUUCUUCAGGUUUUAGGACUGAGCUCCUGUGGUUGGUCUCGGCAGGGAAAAAUCAAUGACUCAUAUUUCCAUUGAGAGAAAUGUAAUUUCCAGUUUCUCAGCAACAGCUCUUGCAACUAUUUCAAAUGUUGUGUAACAACAUGCUCAGAACUGGUAGAUCAUCUUUGACUGCCUCAGAGGUAUUUUUAUUGGAACACUGUCUGUGCAUACCCUGGUGCUGUUGACCAGGAAAUGCUUAAUUGGGCAGCAGGUGUAAUAAAAUGCACGGCAGUUACAUAUCCUAGAUGCAGAAAGUUCUGAAACAAACUAGAAUACAAAUAACUUGUCCUCCACCACCACUCCUCCCCUAUUGUUCUCUCGUGGGAGAAAAAAAACCUGUGGCGCAGUUGAGGUGAUUUUCACCCAUUCUGUUUUCUUCGUGCAAGUCCUCCGUGCUCUGUUCUAGAAAUUCUUUUGAGGGGUUCAGGGGGGGAGAAGAAAUCAGAAAAACCCUCUUUCCUUGCCCCAAGGCAGGAGCAUCCUGUGCACUGAGUUAUGUUCACAGGAGCUCUGUAUCCAAACUACUAUUAUAUAUGGAUUUUUUCAUUUCAGUAAAAAAUAGAAUUUAUAAGUGACAAAAGACCAUUAUGUGACUAAUUACCACACUAUUGUAUCAACUAGGUGUCGCUCACAAGGAUAUAAAGAACCGUAUUACACAGUUUCAAACUAAUGGUCCAUCUAGCAUAGUGGAAGGCCGUUGUAUUUCUUGAAGGUCCAAAAUUCAUGGCAGCAGCAAUGGUGGUGUCCAGAAUACUUGUCAGUGGGCAUAAUCCAGGGAAGUUCAGUGUACCAAAGUCUCGUUGAAAUCAGCAAGAUUUAAAAUGUUUCAGGCUGCAUAAGUUCCAUUGCUUUCAGCAAGGUUCAAGGCCUGUCUCUGAAUUGCACAUAUUGACAACUCCUGAUGCAAGAUCCUCCUUACGAUGGCUGGCAGACACAACUGUGGGUAGAGCCAAGACAGUAAUCACCAACAAGGCAGUAUUAUUUUAUAAUGUCCUCUGGCACUCUUUCAAAAGCAUCCGUCUCUCUUGGGUUAUAAUAAACUCUGCAUUUUGCUGUCUUUCGGUUUCUUAUAGGCUGAUUAUGGAAGAGGCUCACAAAAGCAACAGUAACAAUUCAGCAACACCCCCACAAGCAGCAUCUUUACAAGGUACCACGCUACAAGCAGCUCAGCUUUCUCGUGUUUCUCAACAGGUAAAGAAAGCUAUCUAAGGUCAGAUCCUCUGAGGAAUUUUUUUUUUUUUAACUGAUAAAUUUUUAUUGGUAUUAUACAUAUAUACAUAUAAACUUAUACGAAGUCCAAUACUUAAAUUACACAUAAUAUAUUCAUUCCAUAAAUCAUAAAUACAUUUGUUUUAGGCUCUGCCGAGCCUUGGACUUCCUUCCACUCCUUUGGUAAGUAUCAAAUAGACUUUAUAUUCACGUAUUUUAUCUCUUUUACAUAAUAGCCUUUUACUGUUAGAGUUAUUCCAAUCCCGCCAGUGUCGUUUAAAGUUUAGACCCAAUAUAUAUCCAAUAUUUAAUCCAAUUGUCAUGAAAUUUCUGUUCAUCUUGAUCUCUUACUCUUCCUGUUAUUCUAGCGAGCUCGGCAUAAUUUGUUAAUCUGCCAAUCACUUAUAUUAGGUAUGGCGUCCAUUUUCCAAUUUUGUGCUAACAUGAUUCUUGCGGCUGUUGUGGCAUAUAAAAAUAGUACCUUAUCUUCUUUUUUAAUUUCUUUACCUGUCAUUCCUAGCAGAAAAGCUUCAGGUUUUUUGGGAAACGUGUAUUUAAAAUUUUUUUUAAGCUCAUUAUAAAUCGAUUCCCAAAAGCCUUUCACUUUGCUGCAUAACCACCACAUAUGGUAGAAGUCACCGUCUACUUCUCCACAUUUCCAACAUCUUUUGUUCUUUAACCUAUAGAUCUUAGCCAGUUUCACUGGUGUGAGGUACCACCUAAAUAUCAUUUUCCACAUAUUUUCCCUUAAUGCCAUACAUGCUGUGAACUUCAUGUUAAUAUUCCAUAAUUCUAGCCAUCUCUCAAAAUCAAUGUUAUAGCCGAUGUCUAUUGCCCACUUAGUCAUGACCUCCUUCACCUCCUCGUCUUUUGUAUACCACUCCAAUAAAAUAUCGUAUAUUCUAGACAGUAUUUUGUUCUUUCCUUCAACAACUUCCACAUUGAAUUUAGAUUUUUUAUCUUCGAAUCCUAUUUUCUUUUUAUCUUCUUUUAACAGGUCGUUUACCUGGUGGUGUUGCAGCCACCCAGUAAAUGAGUUUUUAAUCUCUUCAUAGGGUCUAAGUUUUAUACCUUGAUCCGUUUUCCUUGUAAGUUCUUCAUAGGUAGCAUUCUUCCCUUCCAUAUUAACUUUUUUGACCGUUAAUACCUCUGUUGGUGAGAUCCACCAGGGUGUCUUCCUUUCCAAUAGGUUUUUAUUUCUUUCCCAUACUUGGAAUAUUGGCCCUCUAAAAAUAUGGUUUAAAAAAGCCUCUAUGUACUUUCACCUUUUCAUACCACAGGUACGAGUGCCACCCCUACCUGUUAUCGAAGCCUUCAAGAUCCAAGAUGUCUCUGUUUUCUAGCGUUAUCCAGUCUUUCAACCACGAUAAACACGCCGCCUCAUAGUAUAAACAUAAGUCCGGAAGGGAGAAGCCCCCUCUUUCUUUUCUAUCUACCAAUAUUUUCAUUUUUAUUCACUGUCUUUUUCCCUGCCAGAUGUAUCUCGCCAAGGCUCUUUGCCAUUCUUUACAUUGCUUUAAACCUUUAAGUACCGGGAUGGUUUGAAAUAAAAAUAACAAUCUAGGCAAAACGUUCAUUUUAAUAACCGCUAUCCUCCCCAAAAAAGAUAGUCUCAUUCUCUCCCAAAUUUCUAAGUCUUUCUUAAUGUUCUUCCAGGUGACCUCAUAAUUAUCCUUAUAUAGGUUAAUGUUCUUAGCCGUAAUCCAGACUCCAAGGUACUUCACCUUCUUUGCCGUCAUAAUUCCGGUUUUUUGUUCUAGAUCUACUAUAUCUUCUUUAGAUACAUUUUUAGUCAGUAUUUUAGUCUUAUUCUUAUUGACCUUAAAGCCUGCCACAGCACCAAACUCUUCAAUUUUUUGCAGGGCUUCUUUUACACUGUGCUUUGGAUCUUCUAAUGUUAGAACAAUGUCAUCCGCAAAAGCUUUAAUUUUGUGUUCCUUAGUUCCUACCCUAACUCCUUUAACCUCUGCUGUUUCCCUCAGCCUCUUAGUAAGUACUUCCAAUACUAAGAUAAAUAAUAGGGGGGACAAAGGGCAGCCUUGCCUGGUCCCUUUAGAAAUAUCAAAAAAUUCUGAUGUAGUAUUAUUUAUUAUAAGUUUUGCCUUUUGCUCAUGUAGAUAGCCUCUAUACCUUUUCUGAAUCUUUCUCCCAUCCCCAUCAUUUUCAAAUUUUCCAUCAGAAAGCGUCAAGAGACAUUAUUGAAUGCCUUAUCCGCAUCGAUAAAUAUCAAGGCCGCCUGUUUAUCUAUUCUAGUUUCCAGGUAUUCAAUAAUAUCUAUCACAUUUCUUACGUUAUCCUUUAGUUGUCUUCCUGGUAGGAAGCCCGUUUGAUCUUUAUGAAUUCUAUUUUUUAAUAUCCUUUUUAGUCUUUCUGCCAUUAUAUCCGCAAACAGUUUAUAAUCGUUAUUUAAUAAUGAAAUCGGCCUAUAGUUCUUCACCUCUAAGGCGUCCACAUCUUUUUUAGGUAUUAAAGUAAUAUAUGCUUCCUUCCAGGUAUUCGGAAUCCUUCCCUCUUUUAAAAUAUUAUUCAUCACUUCACCUAGAAUUGGGCAUAAUUGCUCACUUAAUGUUUUAUAGUACUUGGCUGGUAGGCCAUCUGGCCCCGGCGCUUUCCCAAUUUUCAUCUUUUUUAUUGCCUUCCUUAUCUCAUCUUCUGUAAUCAUCUGGUGUAAUAACUCUUUCUCUUCUAUGGCAAUCUGUUGUAAAUGGUGUUCUUCCAGGUAUCGGUCUAUUUCAUAAUCUAUUUCCUUUCCUCUUUUAUACAAUUCCUUAUAAUACUUCUGAAAUAUCCUUUUUAUUUCGUUUGGCUCUUCCACUAUCCUUUCUCCAUCCCUUAUCUUGCAGAUCGUGUUUUGUUUUUUCCUUUCUCUUACUUGCCACGCCAAGAAUUUUCCUAUUUUAUUAGCUGAUUCAAAAUUCUUUUGUUUCAUCAUUUUAAUUUUCCACUCAAUUUCCUGGUUAACUAUCAUAGAAAAUUGGGCUUGUAAUGUUUUUAAGUUUUGCUUUAUUGUCUCCUCACCUGGUUUAAUAGCUAAUUGUCAUUCAUUCUCCAUAAGCUGUGUUAGAAUCUCUUCUUUUCCCCCCUCUUUUUCUUUUCUUAAAUGGCUGUUUUUCUGAAUUAGGAAGCCCCUCAUAACGGCUUUUCCUGCAUCCCAGACCGUUUCUGUAGCUGUUUCUUUGUGUAAAUUCCACUUGAAGUAUUCUUCGAUUGUUUCUUUCGCCUCACUUACUAUCUUUUGAUUGUUAAAUAUACCUUCAUUCAUUCUCUAUCUAAAUACUCUAGUAUCUUUACCCUUUAUCUCCAUAAAUACCGGAUUAUGGUCAGAUAUAGUUUGUGGGAGUAUUUCAGAUUUAGCUAAGUUCUGUGUCAACUUCAAGAUCCAAAUAUUAUCUAUUCUCCCCCAACUCUGAUUUGGGUUUGAGAAAAAGGUAUAUUGUUUUAUAGUGGGGUUUUUAAAUCUCCAGGCGUCAAUUAGUCCCAUAUUAUCAACCAAAUCAAAAAACGUUCGAGGUAGCUUGCCUUUGUCUCUUGCUUUUUUGUUGACCUAUCCAAAUUUGGUGACACCACUCCGUUAAAAUCGCCCAUCAAUAUCAUUUUUUGAUCGAUCCAUUCUAAUAACUUAUUACCUAAUUCUGAAAAGAAAGCCAAUUUUUUAUCGUUAGGUGUGUAUAUUCCGGUGUCAAUUAUUUUUAUUCCUUGGAAUACAAUCUGUACUACUAUCAUUCUCCCUUGCUCGUCUUUAUACAGUAUUUUUGGGUCGAAUUUUUCCUUUAUAUAUAGUACCACACCUCUUUUCUUAACCUUAUCCGAUGCCACAAAAUCCAACCCUAGUUUCUUAUUAUUCAGAAUUCUCUUAUGUUUUCUUAUUACAUGAGUCUCUUGUAGACAGAUUAUGUCAAGGUUCUUUUUUAAUAAUAUAUGUGUAAUCUGGUUCCUUUUAUUUUCAUUGUUAAGUCCGUUCACGUUCCAAGACAGUGUUUUUAAAGCCAUCUAUUAUAUACAAUUAGUAAAUUAUCAAAUAUGGCUUAAAGCUACUGUUCUUUGUCUUCUUUCUCUUCCCCUUCCCUCGCUUCUGUUAAGUUUGUCUCUCUCUCUUCCUCUUCACUCCCCGCUCCCCCUCCCCCCACCCCGCCACCCUUCCAAGUUCCUUCUCGUAUCUUCUUGCAAAUUUUUCAAGUUCUGAAGGGCUGGACAGUUUGAAUCUUUUAUCCUUAAAGUAGAAUGAAAUUCCUUCCGGAAACUCCCAUCUAUAUAGGAUCCCAUUUUUCUUCAGUUGGUUAGUUAAUUUUUUAUACACAUCCCUCCUUCGAAGAAAUCUCGAAGGGAUCUCUUUAAAUACAAUAAAGGGAUCUCUUUAAAUACAAUGUCACAGGAGCUGCUGGAAACUGCAGGAGGGGGUGGAUUUCAGGAGAGCUUUCUGAGAGGAUGUUUUUUCCAUCAUUGCAUCUUCAUGUACUUGUGGACAAUUGACUGAGAAUUGUAAGUAAGCAACGAACUUUAUCUUAUUUUUUUCUUCGCUCACCACUCCUCUGCCUCCCGCAAUACUCUCUAAGGUGCAUUAAGACAAUUCCAAUUAUUGCGGAUAUUUCUCCUAAUCUCCACUAUGGGCCAUGGCAAGCGGCCAAGGGACCUGGAUGAGGCAAUGCCUCCCCCGAGGCCCAAACAGUCUAAGAUUGAUUCUUUCUUUCUUAACUGUAGCAGAAAUAACAAGGAAGAUAGCUACACGGUUGAAACUCACAAUCGUUUUAAUCCUUUAAUUGACCUCGUACCCGAUAUAGAAGUGGAGGGGGUGAACUCGAAGGCAACGAAAAAUGCUAAUGAUAAUGACAAAGAAGUGAGAGUCACCUCGAAGGGGGAGUCCGAGUUGGCCCUGGGCGAUGGUUUGGGAUUCGAGCAUUUCCAAUUAAUAACCAGGACCCUGCGCUGCAUCUUUAAGAGCAUAAAUGGGAUCUCCAUGCAGGUGAAUAAUCUCCACCAAAAGCUUGAGGCCCAUUUGCUGGAGCUGCAGCACAACCUCACUCUGCCUCCGAGGGAUUUAAAGAGACAGUGGUGUACCUCCCUGUUAGACAUGAAAGUGGUACUGGUGUUCAUCUCCUAAAAUCUCAACUGGACUUUCAAUCUCUGAUCUUACAACCAAACAAAAUAUGUCUAACUAUACGCAGCAGUGACCCCAGGUCCCCAAGGUGGAUUAACCCGAGAGAGGUCAAAGAUCAUCUAAGGCAACUCCUUCAGAUUAGGCCUCCGCUAAUAGAUCUCAGUACAGUGAAACUUUUAUACUACCACCAUCGGUUCCAAAAGUACUGCUCUCCUUCCAGUCACCAAAAAUUCCCUCCAUACUGGUUAGGCGCAAAGCGUUAUUGGCCACCUGGGGCAUCUUCCCAACGAGAGUCUUUAAUGACACCAGGACUAAACCUCUUUUCCGUAGCAUCGUACAAAAAGGUAUCCGCUCGCCAGACAGGCGCGACAUAGUCUUGAAACUCAAGCUGUCCACCCAGGAACCUCACCCUCCCUCUCAGCCCAAGCUUCCUGGUUUAUCUACUCCAGCAACAGAGAAGCAUGACCAAAGCGGACCCAGUCAUCUGGCUUCCUCAGAGGAGAGGGACCUUAUUUCAUCCUAUGGCGAGUUGCCAUUAGUAGAACAGCAGGAAGUUAUAAACAGGCUUGAUACACUCAAGCAGCAACUUACACAUGUACUUCAAGAGAAAAUCUCCUCAAAACCUGGUCAUAGCAACCUAUUAAAUCAAAGGAACGCAGUCAUGAAGGGGCUAACACCCCAGAAACCCCUGCCAAUCACUGGGACUCCAAUAACGGAUGAUAUGGCAGUCUGCCUGGCGGAAGCUCCUCAUACACCGUCGCAACGCAGACCCUCUUCACCUCCACUAAUAGAUUUGCAAUCAACUACCUCGUCCCUCGCCUUAAAGAGCAACAUGCCAAUCACCAUUCAUCCAGGUAAUCUGUCAAUGUCCUAUUCUUCCAUGCCUGACCUGGAGUCCUCAUUCAGUGCGGUCCAGGCAGAUGACUGUAUAUCCUCGUCCUUUGUCAGUCAACCUCGUUUGGUAGAACCUCUUGUAUCCGUAACCUCUUCAAGCCAAUAUAUAAACGUUAAGGAAGCCACUGUGCAAAGAGACAGCUCAGGCUUUAUUGAAGACCCUGCUGGCCACAUCAAUCAAAUUACCACCCCUUCGAUACCUUCGGCUGUAUCACGCCUGGCGCGGUCUCAGACCCUUGGCAAUGCUUCUUCCACCAGCAACCAGAGUAUCUGACUAGCACAUAGUCCCUCCCCAAACUGCUUCAAUGUGCUAUCCUGGAACGUGGCGGGAUGGACGUCCAAACAGGAUGGCGGGGAUAUGAUAGAGUUUUUAGCGAAAUUCCAGAUUAUGGGUAUACAAGAGACCUGGUGCUUAGAAUCGUCACCCCCCCCUUCCCUACUGGGCUAUGAUGCUUUUGUGAUUCCUGCGACCAAAACACAUUUGUAUGGGCGCCCUAGUGGAGGCCUGGUAACAUUUGUUUCGCAGGAGCUUCAUCUUAAUAUCUCUCCUCUCCUUUGGUUAGAGAGUAAUUGUAUUCAAACUUUGCACAUCACUAACAGCCCGGUUGGGGACUUCAUAUGUGUUAACUUGUACAAUCCAUCUACCUACUCCUCUUCCCAUACAAAUCGGUUUUGGGAGGAUCUAAGAUUUAUCCUUGAUAAAUCUGUGGCUGAAUUCCCAAAGUCAGAGAUCCUCAUAAUGGGGGACUUUAAUGCCAGAAUCGGAGCAGAUAUAAGCUCAUUCACCGAUAAGUCGCAACUAUUCAUAGAAGAGGAGUGGUUUCCUACGUGGAAUUCACAUGACAAGACCAUUAAUAGGGCUGGCAUCAUACUGCUGGAGUUUACCAUUAACUGCGGGCUGCACAGCUUGCAUGGUACACCCAAAGACUGGUCCGGGGGAUGCUAUACUUUUCUAGGAUCUAGAGGGGCAAGCGUUAUAGAUUAUAUCUGGUCCUCCUCGGCACUUAAUGAUAAGGCAUAUUGUUUCAAUGUGUUCAACAGAACCGAAAGUGACCACCUUCCUAUUGCCAUCUCCUUCCACCACACACAGCUGGGGCUCCCCAGCUCACUCCUCCUCCAGGAUUCACUGACCUUAGCCCCCGGUCGUAAGAAGUGGGAUAUCUAUCUGGAGCAAGACAUAAAAGUCCUCCUAAAUUCCCCUGAGAUCCUAGCCCUGAAAGCUCAGCUGGUAACAAUGAAUGUGAAUCAUUUCUCAAGUUUCCAACAAAUUCUAGCCUACUUGCUCCCAACACUUACGAAACCCUCCCGUGCGAGUCUAACCUGGAAGAAUCAAACUUGGUUCGACCAAGAAUGCAAACAGUGCAGAAGUAGGCUUAGAUUUCUUCAGUCUGAUAUGAAAUCAGACAGCACCCAGAGCAAAAUCAGGGAGUUAGCCCAAUUCCGUUCUUACUACAAGAAGUUGCUCCAACAUAAGAAAUUGAUCUUUGCGAAAGAACGCUGGACGGCAUUGUCAGUGGCCAUUAAAACCCGUGACGACAAGAAAUUCUGGAAUUUAAUUAAUGCAGGUUUAAGACCCCCCUCAUUCAUCGUUAAUAACAUCACAGCAGCCAGUUGGCACUCUCACUUUGCUCAGCUGUAUUCCGCCCCAGAUUCCGACGUAAACGCAGUUUCCACUCUUCCUGCAUCUGCCUUGCCCACCUGGGAGCCAGUCUCCCCAGAGAGAUGUGUACAACUAAUUAGCAUGUUAUCAGGGGAUAAAUCCCGGGGAGGAUAUGAUUCCACCCGAGGUAUUCUUAUUGAACCAGAUGUGGUGGGCCCCUAUUUUUGCAUCUCUCUUUACCACUAUUAAUGCCACUCUUAAGAUCCCGCCAAAUUGGAAACAGAGCAUAGUCAUCCCAAUACAUAAAAAGGGGGACCCACAAGAUCCGCGUAACUAUCGACCCAUCAGCCUGCUAGACAUAUCAUACAAGGUUUACUCUAGAUUCUUGCUAGAGAAAUUAAUCGAGUGGGCAGAAGAAACAAAGCUAUUCCACUCGGAACAGGCUGGCUUCCGUAAAGGUCACAGUACAUCUGGCCAAUGUCUUGUUCUAUUUACCCUGAUUGAUAAAUACCUAAACAGGUUUAACUGCAAACUACACGCGGCUUUUGUGGACCUGACCUCCGCUUUUGACUCCAUUCCCAGAGAUAGGCUAUGGCAGAAGCUUAGUUACACCAACAUAGAUAAGAGACUCCUCCUUCUUCUUAUGGAAAUUCAUAAUGACAUAUCGGCCAGAGUAAAAUUCGGCCCCCUGGGAGCUCUUUCUGAUUCUUUCCCUCUGAAUAAAGGGGUCAAACAGGGCUGCCUCUUGGCCCCUUUUCUAUUCAAUUUCUAUAUCAACGACAUCGUUACAACUAUGCAGGCCCUAAAUCAAUCUGCCCCUCUCUACAACAGCUCAAGAUCCCCAUAUUACUCUAUGCGGACGACAUGGUGAUACUGUCUUUAACCAAGCAGGGCUUAAACAACAUGCUCAGAGGGCUCAUGACAUAUUGUGAUACCAAUUCCCUCAAAAUCAAUUUCGCCAAAACCAAAAUUCUUACUUUUGGCACGAAAACUCGGAAGUCAUUCUGGAACUUUGAGGGCCACUCUAUUGAAUAUUGCUCAGCUUUCAAGUAUUUGGGAAUCACUUUUCAGCAUGGGCUUAGCUGGUCAGCUCACCUAAAUAUGACCAUCCUGGCUGCCCGUAGAACCAUCAAAGCCUUGGAGAAAUUCUUCUAUGCAAAAGGCGGCCAGUUGGUUCCACCAAUCAGAAAAGCAUUUAUUAGCAAAGUCCUCCCGAUGUUACUGUAUGGGGUUGAAAUCUGGGGGUGGAAUUUAAAAACACUACAACGGCUGGAGAUUCUACAAAACUCUUUUGCACGAAAGAUACUGGGUCUCCCCAAGGGCUCGGUUGCUGCUCAGUUAAGAACAGAACUGGGCCUUCCCUCCAUUGUUGCGAGAGCCCACAUUAGAAUUAUUAGUUUUUAUUGCAAAUUAAUCAAUGCCCCAGGUUCCCUACUAGCCAGGCAAGCCUUUUUAACUUGUUCUCACUCCAACAAAUGGUCCAAGGCCAUGGAGACUAUUACUGUACGCUACUCCCUCCCAGAAUUCGACACGUUGUCAUCUUGGGACCAACAUAAAAUCCGGGCCUGGAUUCUUAUAAGAGAUGAGGCCAUGGACCGGGCACAGUCCACCUCAGCUCGCCUCUCCAUGUGGCUCCCUAAAGUGAAAGUGGUAAGAUCACUUGCCAACUACUUGAUAGACCUGACGGAGCCCAAUUUGAGAAGAGCGUUUACAAUGGCCCGUUUUCAUUCUAUACCCACGGCCUUCCUGCAGGGGACCUACUCUAAGACCCCUAUUACUCAGCGUCUAUGUCCAUGCACAAUGAAUGAAGUAGAGGACUUCAUACAUUUCUUUUCUACUGCCCUAUUUAUGACCCAAUAAGACCUAAGCUCCUCCUCUUGAUCCCGUCCUCCAUUUCAUCUAAGGAAGACUGUCUGAAAGCACUUCUUGUGGACGCAAAUCCCCAAAUUUCACGUGGGGUGGCAAUCUUCACAGUGCAGGCUCUGAAACUCAGGGCUACUCUGACAGGGUAGUGUGCCCUAGUCCUGGACCUGUUUAAUUCUUUUAUUACCUUUUUAACUCAAUGUGCUGAGCCUAUUUUGGGGCCAUUUUAUGCUUUAUCUAUAUCCGCAUACUAGUUUUUUUGGCGCUGGCAACCAAAUCUCUGUAUUAUUGUCUUAGGGUGUUUUAAAUGUCAUUACGCCAGCAAUAUCGCUUUGAAUUUUGCUUGGUUGCUUGUCCCCAACAUUUUUUGUAUUGUCUUAUUUUGCUAUGGCUGUAUGCUAAUGCAAUUAAAUUAAAUUAUUAUUAUUAUUACAAUAAUUGGGUUUCCUUCAAUAUAUAACCUUUUACUGUAAUUCUGUUUCAGUACUUCUUUCCUCAUAUCCAACGAGUUAAACAUGGCUAUUACAUCUCCUGGCAAUUUCCCCCCCCCCCUAGCUUUAGCCGAUAUUGUUUUUAUCCGAAAUAUAUUUGCUAGGGAGAAGCUUAUCUCUUCCUCCUUCCUAUCUAACCAAAUUGCCAACUCUUUCACCAUUUUAGAUCUUAUAUUCUCAUUUGGGUCCUCUGGGAUCCCUCUAAAUUUCAAAUUUAGUUGAUUCUGUCUCAUCUGAGUCAUAGCCAUACUGUCCAGCAAUUCUUCCUGUACCUUACCUAUCUCCUUAACUUCUAUUUUAAUCCUGUCCAAAUCCUUCUUACUGUCUUUUGUAUCCUUUUGCACCCUUUUCAUAGAAUCCUCAAGUACUUUGGCUCUUACCGAUAGAUCUUUGACUUUUCCUGUCAGUUCUCCCACCACCCCCUCUAAUCUCUUGUCUAAUGUAUCCUGCACUUCCAAUAGCUUUUUCUCUAUAUAUUGCUCAUUAUGUUUAAAUUCUUUCCUUAUUUCAGCCAUCAAACUAUCGUAGUCCUUGAUCUCUUUUCCCUCCUUCCCAUCUUCUUGUCUAGAUGGCCUCCUUUCUGCUGGCGUUCCCACUGCCUUUUUCAUUUUGUAUGUCAACUUAAAUUAACUAAUUAUUAAAGACUCUUCCCCCCGUAAGUCACUGAAAUAAGCUGCUGGCCUGUUCCUCUCAUUAAUUUCUUCCAAUGCAGUUUCCUUUGAUCCCACACGAUGGCGCCUUGUUAACCUUCCAAGUCUUAGUUCUCUUCUCUUCAGUAGAGUUCAUCAACUGGAUGACUCCUUCUGCACAAACCAAGCAGCUAAUCUCGUGCAGUAUUUAGCAAUCACACAAUUAGGGGGAACCAAAUAUACAGAGAUACGCUAAAUACCAAUCAAAACAAAAACAACAAAAAAGAGUAAAAAGAAAGCAGCUAAGAAAGCCGAAGAAAGAAAACCAAUAAAAAAGGAGAACCAAAGAGGAGAAAACAAAAAAGAAAAAGAAAAAGAAAAAACAAAGCAGUUACAAAUAGGGAAAGCCAGCGUCUCAAAAGAUACACUAGGGACAUACAAUAGAGCGGGUUAAAGGGAAAUAAAGGGUGGGUGGGGAGGCAAGGAAAAAGUAACCGCCAAAGAUACACGGGCGGGUAGGUGAAGUCACGUAAUCACGUAGUAACUCUCUGGAACUCUGGAAGAAUUGUGAGGUGAGUCUCGGUCCGGGAGUGGACCCAGGAGAGCAAGGUGGAGCCAAAUGGAGAGACACUCCGCGAUGAAAAAGGGUUCCGUAAAUGGCAGAGGGUCCUGGCAAAUUGUCUUAUUAAACUUCUUUUCUUGCCAAAGAUUCUCGAUCUCUUUCCGCUGCAAUAAUAGUCCAGCCUUCUCCUACUUAAAUGUUGGAGUAUGUCUCUUUAAAACGGGUGGAGACUGGGAGGAAAAUGGCGGUGCGAGAACCCAGUAAGUUUUUACUUUAGUUUACUUUCUCCAAGCCAUUCACUUUUUCUCCCAAACCUCGCCGGAAGAACGCUGCCUUUCCACGUCUCCCCUCCUCCUAUUAUCAGUCUGAUUUUCAGUCGUUUGACUGGGCUAAAUAUAUACCAGACUCUCCCCUUUGUUCAAACGUGGAGGAUGAGAAGAGUAGAGAUCGUUGUUUAAGUAAUACUUAAAUCAGUCUCCGCUCAAAUACAGCAGGCAUAGAAUUGGGUGUAAAAAACCCACCGAUAUAUCUCAAGCCGGUCACUGGCACAACACUCUCCGACCAGAUAGAACAGACAAAUUCCUUUCACUUCUCUCUAGUCUCUAGUCCAUUAAAUAUUUUCAAUGUUACUUUGCCUCAAAUUCCUUGUAUUUUAUACUUUGUAUCUGAGGUCUCUCCUCUACGCCCACUUAGCAGCAGCUUUUCAUGCUUUCUCUCUCUCGCAGUCUUCCGCCAUACUCCCUUUUGCUCUUACCGCCAGUAGUGGACUCCUUCUCCUUCACCCCACACAAUUCUUUUUCCGCUGGGUUCUUUAGUUAAGCUUUCUGUCUGUUAUCAGCUUAUUUACUUUAGCUAUUUCCCAGCUUUUUGGCUGUUGUCGGAGGUUCACCGCUUUUCACGCGGAGCCUGAGGCUUCACAACACGGAGUCUGUUGCUUCCCCUUCAUGCUGCAGCUCCAGCCCUGUAAAACGCCGACAACACAGGCGAGCACAAGCAGCGUCGCAGGGUACUCUGUCCCCCAGAAUAAUCCUCCUGAGGUUUUGGGGUUCACGGAGCCUUCGUGACCCCUCUAGAACACCGUGUUGUUCGAGACCCCCCCCCGGAGGGCAGCCUCGCGCUCCUUCCCGUGGCUGCGGCGUCCCGGAAGUCCUCCAGAUCCUCUGAGGAAUUUUUAAGUAGGUUAAUUUGAAAUUUUACUGUACAAUAUUGGGUUUUUUUUUUACAGUGCAUUAUAUUUAUAUUUGUGUGUGUGUGUGUGUGUGCAUACAUAAUUUCCAGGAAUUUGAGUUAAUCGUGUGUUUCAUGUGUGGAGCUGAAAAUGCAUCCAUAUUCACUAGAUAUUGACAUGUCUCAUAAAAUCCAAAUGUUCUUUCUUUAGAUCUUAUUCCAGGAUCACCUAGGCUGACCGGCUAAGCAAAGAAAUGGGAAAGUUGAGCAUCUCCAUGUUUUUUAACUUAAGAGCUGCUAAUUCUGAAAAACUGUCUCCCAGUCACAGAAUCAUAACAAAUCUGCUAUAAAAAUGCUGGUUAAUCAGCUGUUGUUUGCCUCAGUAUUUUUGCUUCCUACGGCUUUUCUGACCUUAGCACAAAGGACAGGAGCAAAACAAAGGGUGCAGUCCACCAAGCACUGAUGUUGUGAAGUUUCAUUUUAUUGGUGCUUAUGCAUGUGCUCUGCUUGAUCUGAGUUGAAAAGAGCAGAGGUUGUACUUGCUAGAUGGCACUGAAAAUUAAUGAAUUUGGGUUCUGUUGCAGAGUGUCUGAAUUUCAGAACUUUCUUGUCAGUGGAAGUUAGAAAAGCACGACUUCUUACAGCAUGGGUGGUCAGCCUUUAUUUUUUGUUGGCAGCAGUGGGGGGGAGGUAAUUUUCUCUAGGGUAAUCUGUUGGGAACUAUACAGGCAGUGGACAGAUCCAGAGACAAAAGUGUUAUGAAUUAGCUAUUUUGGAAUAAAAAUUGCCCUGCUUCAUUUUUCACCACAGUGAUCUCAGAGUAGAAUUCCCAAUUACAGAUGUGCUUAUGCCCAGUGUAUAUAUGCACAAGACUAUCGGUCUCAGUUGGGGAUGGACAGAAUUACUUUCUCCAAGCCAUGAAAUGAGUAAAAAGCUUUUACAAGAUUUAUUUAUUUUUAUAGAUAAAUAAUGCAUCUCCCAGUUGUAUAAUGAAGAAAAAACUGGGGGGGGGGGGGGACAAAAUCCUUUUUAAAGGUCAAGGAAAAAAGGAGAAAAUGAACAGAAAAGAGGGAAGUCUGAUGGCAUGGAGGAAUGGGGGCAGUUUCAGGAAGUGUUAGGGCUGCAUGAAAUGAGGUCAGUGCAAAAGGCUCCCAAGCUGCAGGCUGCCCAUAAAAUAGCCACAUUUUUGUUAUUAGAUUUGGAAAACGAUCUUACUUGGGCUGAAAAUCAUGUAUGUUUUGAGUGGCACAUUACCCCUGAGGACAUCUAGUGUGAACUUGUGUUAACUGAGGUGUCUUGAUAUGAUAGCUGGCUAAAUGCAAUCACUAUUCAAAAAUGGAUAUUUACUUAAGAAGUCUUGUCUUACUAGAAAUUUAGUACUAUUCUUCCUCAGUCUCAGUGUCAUUAAAUGUAGGCACUUACUGAUUUAUUGCCUAAAUUGUGUUUUCCGUGAUUUGGCUAAUCAACUCUUAAUUUGUUUCAGAUGUCCCUUAGAGGUCAAACUCCACUGACAGUGGUUCAGCUCUCUGGGGAUCAAGUCCAGGGAGUCAUUCAUACAGCUCAAACCUCAUCUGUCAUUCACUCACCACAAGGGCAAUCAGUGCAGGUACUGUUAACUUUCUUUGGAAGUUUUAUUGACAGCACCUGAAUUUUACUAUAGUGCAUUUCAGCCUAUUGUGGGGUGACAGCAGCAAGCCAGCAAAGCUCCACAUCAUUAUUAUGGGCUAUUAUUUUGUCUUAUUUAUUUAAAUGCCUAAUAAUGUGCUAGACACCAAUUAAUUAAAAAGUCGAAACCAAGUCCGGUGGACAACUUCCACUUGUCCAAUGAAACUUGCCUUCCCUCUAUGCCCCCCACAUCUAGAGAUGUGAAGGCCUGAGAAGAAACUGGAAAAAUUGGGGUGGGGAGAGUGAGAGGUCUUAGGGGGGCAGCCCCACCAUAUGUUGUGUUUUGGUGCGAGCUUCACAACUUUACCCACACACUUCUACAAAUCUGCUCCAAAGGAUUGAGGGGAAACCCAGAGCAGAUUUGGAGAUGGAAAGGAAGUUUGUUGCCUAAGCAGAAGCUCUGCUCACACAUUCACUUAAUUAGAUACAAAAUAAUAUCUGGAUGAGUUCACAUUUUGUGGCAAGUGCAGUAAUCAGUUCAUAACUUGAAAGCAUCAGUCCGACAGAUACUUCAAAAUGGAUGUACGAGUUAUGGUUUCUAAUGCUGAUUCGCAUAAAAAUGAUGCAAACUCAUCCAUGUUUAGCCGUUUGUGUACAUAUUGUAAGAAAAAGGAAGUAGCCCUGGAAGGGUUGCAUGGGCAGAAUGAGGUGUUACCAUCCUUCACAGGAUUGCACCUUGUGUAAGUGUGAGUAACCCCCAAUACCACUUCACUGCUGUAACAGCAAUGGGCAGAUAAAGCUGUCUACAAACACAGGAAGCUACCUUCACUGAGAGAGACAAUUUAUCCGUUUAGCUCCGUACUGACUACACUAACUUGCAGUGACUGUUCAGAGGUUUCAGGCAGGAGUGUUUCCCAGACUUGAGUGGAGUUGCCCAGGGGUGGAACCUGGGACCUGCUGCAUGCAAAACACGUGGUCUACAAUAUAUUGUUUCGGAGUAUUACAGGAGUGAAAGGAAAAAGUAGUCUUCUUUUCUUGCUCUCCGGAAGCCUCCCUCAUAUCCUGUUACAUAGGAAUAAUGUGCUGUGACUGGGAGCCUUAACUUGAGCCUUUUAGUGUUCUAUAGCACAGCAGGGAAAGUGGGUUUUUUUGGGGGGGGGUAAUUUUGUCUUUCUCUCAUUCUGAAACUACCCCUCCCCAUGAGCCAAAGACUGCAUUGCAACAUUUUGACAUGGCUGAUAGGAAGUGCAUCAACGAUCAGAACUUGGGUGGAGCCAAUAGGAGGAGCUCUGGGUGGGUGGGUAGAACUUUUACCUCAUCCACUCUUUGGAGCCAGUAGUUACUAUGGCUGGUUAGACAUAUAAGAAAGACCUCACAUAAACUUCAUGCAGUAUUUAAAAUCUUCAGGAUUAUGUGCACCAAUGAUUAAAAAAUCAAAAACAACACAAAACCAAACAAGAAAAGCUAAAGCUAGUAUAGGAAGAAACAAACAAUAGAAAAUAUUUUUUCAUGUUUUGAUCAAUUGUGUAUGUUUUCAGCUGCCUUGAAAAGCCUUGUAAGCCUUCUCUUAAGGUGUUGUUGGUUAUUUAUAAUAAUAGAAUCUUAGUGUUGGAAGAGACCUCAAAGGUAAUCUAAUUCAAAUUGGCUGCUACAGCAUCCUUGGUAGAUGGCCACCCAGUCUCUGCUUAAAAACAUCUAAUGAAAGAGAGCCCACCACUUUUCCAAGGCAGCUUGUUUAACUGUUGGACUAUUCAUGCUAUCAGGAAGUUCUUAGUUGAAAACCCCUUUUUGGAGAUUUGAACUUAUUGGUUUGGGUCCUGCCCUCUCCAGCAACAGAAAACAAAUUUGCUCCACCUAUAUGAUAGUCCUAGUUGAAGCCCUAGUUGAAGAUAACCAUAGUAUUGCCCCCUAAAAAUAAUAAUUAAAUCUCUGUUUGUGCAUUAUGUGUUACAUAUGUCAAAGAUCUAAAAGCAGUCAUUUUGUUUCUAAUAUAGAGGAAUUCGUCUUACACUUAGGAGUGCUGUAGGCUAUAAAUGCUGCAAUUUCAUCGCUGAAAACUGAGGGAAAGCUAGAGCUGCCCCUCUCUCCUGACAGCAGCCUUCUUUUUGUUUUACUUUACCAAUAUACUUUUGCAAGAGCUCUAUGCCCUGUGGAGCUUUUGCUGCUGCUUCACCAGUUAGCUGUAAAUGAAAGGCGUUUAUUUGGGAACACCAGAAGGACUGUUGACAUUUGCCAAACUGGUGAAGUGCGCCGAAAGAAUGAAAAUCCAAGAGUCCUUGAGAUAUUCCUGUUUUGUUUCCUUAUGUUCUUCCUUCCUUAUCUAAAUCUGCAUAUUUUCAGUUUGGAGCCUUGAAUAUAUAUCAUUACAUUGCUACAGGCUUCACUGCAAAAUUAGAUAUUGUUAAAAUAAACUGGUGCUGUUCUGAUUUUAAUGCUUAGCAGACCUGUACCAGCAAAGACCAAUCUUUGUUCCUUCCUACAUCACACAUAUUCACUUAUUCAAACAGAAGAAUGAUAGACUAUUGACUUCUUAAUGCUAUCACCAUUUGCACUGCUGUUAAAACCCAACACCAAAUAUUUUUGCAACUAUUCCAGAAACUUUGACCAACCCCCUUUCUCAUGAGUUUGCAGUAAGUGUUUGUGUGCUUGUUUUAUAUUGCAGUCCUAUGAAUUACUUCAGAACUCCAAACUUUACAAUGGAUCAUGUUUAAUUUUUUUAGUUUAAAUAGCAGUAGUGGUGUGUUCCUUUUGAAGAAACUUGUUAACUCUAAAUGUAAUUUUCAAAAGUUUGCAAAUGGUUGAAAACCUGCUGAUUCAGGUUUGGCGUUCCCAAAAGGUGUGUCCUGCUGUCUCUUAUGCUAUUCAGCAAAAUAAUACAAAAUGUGUUUCUUUCAGGUGUCUUUGUCAGAGAGUGACGAUUCACAAGAUUCCUCCGAUAGCAUAGGCUCUUCACAGAAAGCCAGAGGAAUCCUAGCACGCCGUCCAUCUUAUAGGUCAGUUCCUUAUGCAUUUAUUUGGUGCUCUUCAGCAGAGCUUUUCCGGUUGGUAAGCAGCCCACAGGGUUUGACAGAUCCCUCAGAAGCUGCGGAGUGGUGGUCAUGAUAAGGAUCUGGCCUAACAACACAAUCCAGUUCCCUGCCCCUGUAUUGCAGAAAGGUGGAAUUUAACUUUUUAUUUUCAUUUUUUUAAAACAAGGUAAAUAAUUGUCAUUUUCUCCAAAGCCACAAAGCAGCAUCUUUCUCCCUGUAUUCUGGUUCUGUCCACCAUGAAAAGAAAUAAAAGUAACUCGCAUCUUACAUGAGGGUCCACAUGUAUACGCAAAAAUGCUUGUCCAAGCUUUGGGAAGGAAGCAGGAGGACUCUAGGACCAUGCCAGAGCUCUUGUGCCUCUUUCCCAAAGCCUGGUGCCUCACCCAAGGGAAGGCAGCGUGAGGGCUCUGAGACCACUGCUACAGUCCUCAUGCCGCUUUCCCAAAACCAGGUAAGCCCACAAUCAGCGGCGGACUUGGGUCUUUCAGAUUUCAGCAGCGCCCUGUGUGAGGCCCAAAGUCAAUGCAUGCUCCCACCUUCUCUUGUUCUACUUAAAUCACUAUUCCAUAGUUAUGACGCCCUGCGGCGCCCCCUAGGCUCAGCACCUAGUGCAGCAGAACAGGUCAUGCUCCUGAAAUCCACCUCUGCCACGAUCACAGCUUUGUGCAGGUGCAGAGGGGAAUCAGUAAACGGAGAGCGGGUUUCUUCUGCUCUCUGGUCAUUUAUUUACUUCUCCACCACCCAUGCAAAGUAAAAUAAGCAUAAGACGCGAGUCACCUGUACUGCAUACUUAGGGUUAUGCAUUGGGAGUAAUGAUUACAUUUUUUAAAAAGUGGUUUUUCAGCCAUGUCUGGUAUCUUUGUUGUAAUUUUUAUAGAAAAAUCUUCAAUGAUCUUUCUUCUGAAGACGCACGAGACAGGAAAGGAGAUGAAGCAAGUCCUGGUAUCUCUACUAUCACAUCAAUGUCUGUCCCUACGCCCGUUUACCAAACAAGCACUGGACAAUAUAGUAUGUAUUAUUUAUAAUUGUCUGUGUUAGGAAUGCUGUUUCUGGAAAUAUAUUUCAAGUUGAAUUUUGUAUUAGCCUGAGAAUAAUGCUAUCCAAAGGUCUCUUCCGAAAUUAUUAUAACAAUUCUGCUGAGAAUUAUUUUUCUAUUCAUCUAUUACUAAAUAGUUUAUAAAUCAGAAUUUGCAGGCCAGCAAAAGGAAGAGAAUGUUGUGGACUCGCCUUUGAGGUUUUUAAGCAGAGGCUGGAUGGCCAUCUGUCAUGGGUGUCUUAAUUUGGAUUCCUGCAUUGCAGGGGGUUGGACUAGAUGACCCUUGGGUCCCCUUCCAACUUUACAAUUCCAUGGUUCUAUGAUGUGGUUUGGCAAAUGAAGGUGCUGGUUGCAAAAUGAAGUAAAUUGUUCACAGGAAAGAGACUGUAACUGGUGGCAGAUUUUUGUGAUAUCAGCACAACAGAAAGAACAUGAUAGCCGUAUAUUAGGGUUUUAACUUUUUUACAAACUCAUCUUCCUAUAGCUUGGAUGAACCUUUGCCUAAAAACCAUCAUCCUUCAUUUCCAAAUAUUUUGAAAAAGAGGUCCUGCCCGAAAUCAAUAAAUCAUUUUUUUGUAUAUGUAACUAUAAUGCAUUAUGUAAUUUAUGUAUUAUAAUACAGGAAAAAUAGAGCAUGCAAAUUUUCUAACGCUUGUACAAUGUUUUGUACAUUGUACACCACUUCUUAUUGAUUAGAAUAAAUCAAAGUUGCAGUUUGUCUUUGUUUCUGCUGCAAGCACCAGAAAGUUCCUGCGUCACUUUGAGUGCGUGUUCUUCGCACUGAUUACUUCUUGUUAUCUGUGGAGUUAUGGAUGGCUCCCGUUUCCAGUGAUUCUCCAAUACCCGCAAUGCUUUUUUGCAAGGUUUCAAUAUUUCUGCCAAGUUCUUGAAGCCAUUUUCAUUGAGUCAUAUGACAUUACAUAUACGGUGAUUCCAGCUUUUCAUUUUAGGGUGACCUUUUUUCGCAACUGAAAAGAAUUAGUCAAUUUUUCAGUGUUUUUGAGCAAAAGUUCAUCCCUUUAUGAUACAGGAAAUUGUGGGUUUUAUUUUGGGGGGGGGUGUCGAGAAGUUAUAAACCUACCGUACACACCACUGCACAAUGAUCAGUGUCUUCUCUGUUUCAUUAUUUCUUGUCUUAAAGUUGCCAUUGCUCCAAAUGGACCAUUACAGCUGAGCAGCCCAGCGACAGAGUGUGUGCAAGGUUUGCAGACCUUUACAAAUGCUGGCGGGACUCCGCUAUUACAGUAUGUACAGACAUCUGAUGGUCAGCAGAUACUUGUGCCAAGCAACCAGGUGGUCGUGCAGAGUAAGUACCUACUACAAAUAAUUCGGAAAUGCUCCUAUUUCUCCCCGCCACUGUGGUUUUCCAAGGGAUGAUACCUACUUUACAAAUAAAAGUCUGUAUAUUGUAUGUGUCGUGCCUAAAGCCUUAUUGAUAUGCAAUACUACAUAAGCAGAAUCCAGGGUUCUGCACAGCCUUCUUAAAACAAGGUGUCCUCAUCUGCAUGUACAGCAUUAAGCAUGCCUUGGAUCUGCGACCCAGGCAGGAGUUGGGCUGGUGAACUAACAUUGCACAUGCAGCAGCUGAGGGCCCAGUUUUAACACAAAUCAUGUUUCUGCAUUGCCAGUGUCAUGUUGGGCUUCCUUAAGCUUCUGCCUAGGAAUGAAGUCAGCAGAAUUAUGUAAUUUACCAAUAUUGUAUAUUCAUCAGCAUUGUUUUGAAGGUACUGCCGCUUCAAAAUAGUUUUGUCAAAAUACAUUCUGAAGGAAGGGAAGUAAAACUAAAAUUGUUGAAAAGGUGUCAUGUUUAUCCUCAAGAGAUAUCUGGCUACUGUUUAUGAGCCCUUAUCCAGUUUUUUACAUGUACACCCUCCACUGCUGUGUACAUUUUGUGCUUGGCUGUGUGUGCCCGAAUUCAAACAGGAAAUGUGGGUCUUCUUUAAAACACCUUUCUUCACAGCAUUCUUUACUGUGGUUCCUCAACAGCUGCAUCAGGAGAUAUGCAGACAUACCAGAUACGCAGCACAGCAACCACCACUUCCCUCCCCCAGACGGUUGUGAUGACAGCUCCUGUCUCCUUGACAUCUCAGUCAACCAAGACGGAUGAUCCACAGUUGAAACGUGAAAUACGGCUGAUGAAAAACAGGUAUUUGGUUUCCCAUUUGGUCUUAGGCAUUCACUGAAAUAUAUUCCCCAUAAAAUAAUCUUUGGCUACAGAAUCAUAUCUCCCACGAUUAGCAGUAGACUUCUCUUAUUUUGCCCUCUUCCCCACUACCCCAAGAAAUAUUUUUUCCCUUUCUAAACAAAUGCUUAUUUAGACUAUAAUUAUUUGGGGUGUUUGACAGCUUUUGUUUCUUCAAACUUUUCCAGUUUAAAGAAACAAUGUGGGAGGGGGGCUGUUAAUUCUUUUUUAAGAAAGUCUAAUACAUUAGUUAAACAGAAGGGAAACUCAGGAGGUUUUCAAAGGAGAAGUAGAUUUCAGCCAGUCCUGUCCUUCUAACACCAGAGACACAUGCAUUGUGCUUGUAUGUAUGUAUGUAUGUAUGUAUUUAAAAGCAUUUAUUAAACUACUUUAUAUUUCAAAGAUUUCUAAGCUGUGUACAGUCUAAAACCAACCGCCAAGAUAUCAGUUAAAACAUUGCAACAAAACCACAACCUGAAACCAAUAAAGCAGCAAUAUAAAAACACAGACCAAUUAAUCCCCAGGUGAUCUAAUGGCCAGGUGGUCCUGCGUUGUUAAGGGCCUCAUAUGUUAACAAGACUUAGAACUUGGCCCAGUAGCUGAUUGGCAGCUGAUCCACAGGUGUCAUAUGUGAGCAUCUCCUUAAUUCCCACUUGUGUCUCAGGAUGAGAGUGGUAAAUACAACUAGUCACUAAUACUGUAUUUGUAUCUCCUUGGAGGCACUGCAAGCUCAUUAUACAAUUUGAAGAGACUAAAUUGCCCCCAAAAUGCUAGUGCCAAUUUAUUAAAAUCUUGAAAUUAUUGGUACGAUAAAGAAAGCUUAAAGGUGUUAAUAAACUAGCCAGCUAUAAGAAAUGGUAUAAGGGGACCAUGGCCGCAUCCCUCUUCAAGUAUUUUAAGUAUUUGCUGUGGAUGUUUAUCCUGAGGACAGUGUCACUUUGUUCAGAGGGUCAUGUAUCACUGAUACCCUCUGUUGCAGCCCCUGUAUUUCCUUUUCUUCAAAUGUGUAAUUGUAGACAAACUUUGUUACUUUAUUAAAAGCAUAUUUAAGGACAUGUGCAGGGCUCUGCUGAAUCAGGCUGACGGCCUAUCUAGUCCAGUUGCCUAUGAGAUACCCUCUUAAUUUCUCAUUAGUCCCAAAGCAUUAUUGUUCACAAAGCCAAAAUGUACUCCCCUGAAAUGUGUGCUUCAGGCAGAUGAAAUAAUUUAUCUGUUUACAGAUUUCCAGACCAUUUUUAAAAAAACAUUAGAUCACUAAUAAGAUAAAUAAUUUGAACUCUUCAGGCAAAAAGAGCAAGCUAAUCGCUUGGAGCUCUUUAAAUAUUUUUAUGUCGAGUAGAUACAUCAGUAUUUUUUCAAAGAAAGUGGCUUUGUUUUACUUUUCACAGUCCGUGAAAUAAGAAAGGCAAGCCUCUUUAGAUGAACAUCAGCUAAUGAAGCAAAAGCAGAACGCUUGUAAUUCCAAACUAGUUUGACUUCUAUGUAAUAAUUAACAAACUUUGCUUUGGAAUUUCAGAGAAGCAGCUCGAGAAUGCCGUAGAAAGAAGAAAGAAUAUGUGAAAUGUCUUGAAAAUCGAGUUGCUGUUCUUGAAAACCAGAACAAAACUCUAAUUGAAGAACUAAAAACUUUGAAAGAUCUUUACUGCCAUAAAAAUGUGUAA